AUGGAGCAGCUUACACCAGUUACACGUGGGGUGGAAGAGGAGGAGGUGCUCGUAAAGAAGACCGGUGCGACGUCGGUCAUAUGGACCUGGUUUGGGUUUAAGGAGUCUGAUGUUGAGCAGAACAAUAUAAUCUGCAAACUAUGCUGGGCGAGAAUAAUAGCGAAGAAAGGGAAUACAACAAAUUCGUUUUAUCACCUUAAAAUGAAGCACGUUUUGGAAUACGAAGAUAGCCAAAAACUGCGCCCUCUGCAAACGGCCAGUCAGUCAAGUGGAAAGAAAAAAGGUGGCCCUGCCGCUGCCCACCAGCAGACCGAUAUUUUAAAAGCAUUUUCUAAAAACAUGAUUAAGACACUUGAUCCACGUUAUGAGGUACCUAGCCUCAAAUACUUUAGCCAAGCAGAAGUGCCCAAACUGGAUGACAAAGUCCGUGAGCAAGUGAAGAAAGAACUCCGGAGCAUAAAACACUAUGCAACUACUACAGACUUGUGGUCAAGUGGCACAAUGGAGUCUUACAUUAGUCUCACAGUCCACUUCAUCAAUGACGAGUGGAAGUUGUGUAGCAGAUGUCUACAGACAUCUUAUUUUCCAGAGGAUCAUAAGGGUGAACUGAUAUCUCAGGGAUUAAAGGAAGCACUGGAGUCAUGGGGACUUAAAGAAGAGGUACAAGUCUGCACAACCACCGACAAUGGCGCAAAUAUUGUGAAAGCAGUGGAAUUGAACGGCUGGACAAGACUGCAGUGCUUCAGCCACAGGCUCCACCUCGCCAUCGAGAGAAGUGUGAAAGAUGCCCGUGUUGAACAUGCAAUUGGCAAAUGCAAGAAAAUAGUGAGUGCCUUUUCUUACACUUGGAAAAGGAAGAGAAAAAUGGCUAAUUCCCAGGCUGAGCUAAACCUGCCUCCUCACCGCCUCAUCACUGAAACACCAACAAGAUGGGGGUCUCGACAACAGAUGAUUCAGCGGGUACUUGAACAAGAGAAGGCCAUAGCACAGGUCAUGAAAACAGACUGGAAAACCAGGCACCUGGUACCAACUUGGCAGGACAUUGAUGUGUUAGAAUCUAUGAGCAAGACCCUCAAUCCCCUGUUGGAGUUUACAGAUGCUCUGUCUGGAGAAGAGUAUGUGAGUGUGUCGUAUGUCAAACCUGUGCUCCACCUUCUAAACACCACAGUUCUUCCUCUAGCUGAUGAUGACAUUGACACAGACCUUACGAAGGACAUGAAGAGAGCCAUCCUCCAGUAUUUAAAUGAGAAGUACUCAGACGCUGAAACUGAUGACCUCCUGGAUAUGGCCUCCAUGGUCGACCCACGCUUCAGAUCAUCAUAUAUAGAAGAUGACCAAAGAGACUUCAUCAUUACAAAAGCAGCAGCAGAAAUUCAGGCACUGCUAGAGACACAAGCUGUGUCUGCCACAGAGUCACCACCAUCACACACAAGCACAUGA